CCAAGCCAAGGGCUUGUAAAUUUCAAGCCUUGUGUCAGUUUCAGCCGGGAGUCCGGAGAGCAUAGUAAACCCACGGGCUGGAAACGGCGACAACUCUCUUUGAUUUUGUCUUUGUACAUCGUGUUUUUUUUUGUGUUUAAAAAAGGAAGAUUAAGGUAACGAGGAAAGCCGGAGAGACGGAGUCAAAGCACGUUCAAGUGAAGCUGAAGAGAGAGAGAAAGCAGGAACAUAUUAAAACCCCUGCCUGUGUGUAUCUAUAAACGCGGAAAGGAAGAGAAAACGAUCUGUACAGUCAUUAAAGGAGCCGGAUUAUAGGGUUGGAUUAAUCUAUCCAAAAGCCAAGGAAGGAACAACAGAACGCUUGGGUUAUAUUUCAAUGGAUACAUAUUCUUGGCUACAUUUUCUCUACUUUGUAUCGGUGGGUUACAAUGCAUGAUUGUAUCUCCGAGGAGCUGCACUAACCCAUCCCCAUCCUCCGCUUAUAUAUAUAUUUAAUUCAGUGUUCAUCAAACCAUUUUUCCCGAUCUCUUAUCCUUUUAUUUGAAAAAGAAAGGAGGUGGCGUAUGCUACAGCUCUGUGCGGCUGUUACUGUGUUGCUAUCGAGAACAGGCUGGAUUCAUGUUUUGCGGAUAUGUCUUUGCUGUAUCUGGCUGGAUUUUAGCACAUUUCUCUCUGGCGGAUUUCCAUCUCGCAUGUUCAGGACGAAACGAUCGGGUCUGGUCCGGCGACUUUGGAGAAGCCGCACGCUGGGAGAGGCAGACGGGCAGACGGACAGCGAGGGCGAUGCAAACCGCGGAGGAGGAGGAGGAGGGGGAGGCGGCGGCGGUGGAUGUUGCGGGGGUAAAGGGUCCAAAUACACGAACUCCGACCCAGAAUUGAAAACCCUAACUCACUCGCUGCUAAAGAAACUCAAGGAGAAACAAUUGGAAUUAUUGCUUCAAGCAGUCGAUAGUAAAGGAGGAGCCCGGACCGGCUGCCUUCUCUUACCCAAGAUGAUUGAGCCGAAACUCAGCAAACAAACUUACUCCCUACCGGUACUGAUAUGUAAAGUCUUCCGCUGGCCUGACCUGAGAAACUCUUCGGAAUUGAAAAGACUUUAUUGUUGUGAAUCUUACGGAACCAGCAACCCGGAUUCGGUCUGUUGUAACCCACACCACCUCAGCAGGCUCUGUGAAUUCGACUCACCCCCGCCUCCUUAUUCCAGACUUCCAAUGGACUCAAUUAAACAGCCCGCAGUUUUGCCAGACUCGGUGUCUCUCUCAGCUGAAACUGGGGGCUCUCGUUAUAUGGCCCCUGGGGGGCUUUCAGAAUCGCGAAUAAGUCAGGAGCUGGGAAGUCAAUCGCACUGGUGCGUUGUUGCAUACUGGGAGGAGAGGACGCGAGUGGGACGUCUCUACACUGUCCAGGAACCCUCCCUGGAUAUUUUCUAUGAUCUACCUCACGGGAAUGGUUUCUGCCUUGGACAGUUGAACUCUGACAACAAAAGCCAAUUGGUGACCAAAGUGCGGAGUAAAAUCGGUUACGGAAUUCAGCUGAGCAAAGAGCCAGACGGUGUGUGGGUCUACAAUCGCAGCAACUACCCAAUCUUCAUUAAGUCGGUCACACUGGACAACCCAGACUCCAGGACGUUACUGGUGCACAAAGUAUUCCCGGGCUAUUCCAUCAAGGCUUUCGACUACGAGAAGUCUUACACCUUGCAGAGACCCAACGACCAUGAUUUCACGCACGAGCCAUGGUCCGGGUUCAGUGUUCAGAUUAGUUUUGUAAAAGGCUGGGGCCAAUGUUACACAAGACAGUUCAUAACCAGCUGCCCUUGUUGGCUGGAGGUGUUCCUCGAUAGUCGAUAGAGCAGUGUUAUUAAAGGAGAGAUGCUUUCAAUGAAAAGUAAUGAGAUUUAAUAAAAGAAAAGUGUAUUUUAUGUUAUAUAUAAAUAUAUUAUAUUACUUGUAAAUAUGAAGACAUUUUAUAGCAUUAUUUAUGUAUUGUGCAAUGUGUAAACCAGACAAUUAAAAAUGCACUUUGCUUAAUAUAAAUGCAAAUAAGAUGAAAACGCCAAAAUUUAAAUAACACAAAUUGGUGUUCUUAUGGGUGCUGAAACCAAGAAGAAUGUUUUUUUUUAAAAUAGAGGAGUUUAUGUUCAAGUGGAAAAAUAAAAUUGUAC